GAUGUUCAGGCAGUUGGCAGGAACAGCUCCCUGCCGAAGGCUCACGGGAAAUGGGGCGGAGCAAGGCUGCGUUGCUUCCGGCCAGCUCAGCGCCUGCCUUCCGGACUCGGACCCGCUCCUCCGCCGCCGCUGGUGGAGUGCGGACGCGAGCUAGCCGGUCCGGCAGGCAGGUUGCCGCCCGCGAGACCUCGCCUCUCUCCUCUAAGGCUGGUGCCGCUGAGGCGUCCACCUCACGGGCCGGGUCCAGCUUUGGCUCUCAGGACGCUCCUGACGUUUCCCUUUCGGAGGCUGAGCGCGCCUCCGAAGCCUGCGCCUCUCAGGGCGGGGCGAGCAAUUCCGAGGAGAGCAGCGAGAGCGGGGAGGCAGCCGGCGAGGCGACUUCCGUCGCCAGCACCAUGUUGGACCUAUUCGGCUCCAUCCCCACCCAGAUGGACUACAAGGGUCAAAAACUAGCAGAACAGAUUUUUCAAGGGAUCAUUCUUGUUUCUGCAGUAAUUGGUUUUAUCUAUGGCUACAUCGCUGAACAGUUUGGUUGGACUGUCUAUAUAGUUAUGGCUGGGUUUGCUUUAUCGUGCCUGCUAACACUCCCUCCAUGGCCUAUGUACCGCCGCAAUCCUCUGAAAUGGCUACCUGUCCAAGAGUUAGGAACAGAAGAUAAGAAGCCAGCAGAGAGAAAACUGAAAAGGCAUACUAAAAGUUGAAGAAUAUGAACCCUCAUGAUGUAACACUGGAGAAUUUUGCUUCAUUAAAGGUUUCUAAUGAUUACCAG